AUGAGCACCAGUUCUUUCGAAGUUCGUCUCAAUGAGCCCUCCCGCUCGCCACCAGAAGCUCUUCUCAGCCCUAGAACUCCUGUCGAUCCAGCAAAAGUCAUGAUGCGCCACGAAAAGAAACUGACCCAAGCCGAUGGCCGACGAAAGUCCCAAAUAGAAUCUGUCGUCCAAAAACAGCAGAAACAUCUCGAGCACGCCGAAAAGGUUCGAGCAAAGGCUCAAGAAAUCAAGAAGAACUCUACCUCAAGCUAA